AUGGGGGAGAAGGUGGAUAUGGGGUGCUUCUUCCACAGCAUGGGCUACAAAAUGGGGCCUUUUUUAGCUCGGUAUCAGCAAAUCCGCACCUUCCUCUUUGCUAUUGAUGAGAUCAACAGGAACCCGGAUCUGUUACCCAACAUCACCCUGGGAUACCGUGUAUAUGAUUCCUGUGGGGAUCCCCGUCUCGCUAUAGGGAGUGCCCUGCAGAUAUUAUCUGGCCCUGGGAAUGUGGUGCCUAAUUACUCCUGUAGGGGCAAAGGGGAAAUUGCUGGAUUUAUUGGAGAUCAGUCCUCACUCACAUCCCUGCCUAUAGCCCAGCUGCUGGGUGUAUAUGGAUACUCACAGAUCAGCUAUGGCGCCACAGACCCUACACUGAGUGACAGAGAGAUGUUCCCAUACUAUUUUAGUGCAGGGCUGAGUGAUGAUAUUCAGCACAUUGCUGUGGCAGAGCUGGUGGAACAGUUGGGUUGGACCUGGGUGAUCAUUGUGGCCACCGAUAAUGAAAGCGGAGAGAAGCAGAGUCAGAACCUUCAAAAUGAGAUCAGCAAACAUGGCGCCUGUGUUGACAUCAUUAUCUUUAUUACAGAAGAUGAUGACACAAAUAAGAGACAUUUUGAAAGAAUCCGAAUAUCAACUGCUGAGGUUAUUGUCCUGUGUGGGACACCGUCUGAUUCAGUUCUACUAUCACUAUGCACUCGGGAGUCACUGAUUCAUGAAAAGACUUUGGUCAUUACAUUGUCAUGGGAUAUGGAAAACUGUUUCAAAUGUGAAGACACUGAGUGGCCAAAUCAGGAGAAGACCCUGUGUAUUGAGAGACAAAUAGAAUUUCUUUCCUAUGCUGGUGAUCCCCUAACUCUAAUCUUUAUUAUCUCAUCUGUAAUCCUUUUUAUAAUAGCAGCAGUUAUACUGGGAAUCUUUAUUUCAUUCCGAGACACCCCAGUAGUGAGAGCCAAUAAUCACACUCUGAGCUUUAUUCUCCUUGUCUCCAUCAAGCUGAGCUUCCUCUCUGUGUUUCUGUUCCUCGGUCGCCCUGUGGAUAUAACCUGCAUGCUCCGGCAAACCUCCUUUGGGAUCACCUUCUCCAUAGCUGUGUCUUGUGUCCUGGCCAAGACUCUCAUGGUUUCCAUUGCAUUCAAAGCCACCAAGCCUGGGAGUCCCUGGAGAAAAUGGGUUGGGGUAAAACUGGCAAAUGGGAUUGUUUUUAUUUUUUCAUUAAUUCAGUCCCUAAUUAGUGUUAUCUGGUUGGUCAUUGCACCCCCUUUUGUAGAGCAAAACACACAUUCUGAACCUGGAAAAAUCAUCAUUCAGUGCAAUGAGGGCUCAGUAGUUGCCUUCUAUAUUGUCCUCUCCUACAUGGGACUGUUGGCAUCUGUGAGCUUCAUUGUAGCUUUCUUGGCUCGGAGCUUACCGGACAGUUUUAAUGAGGCCAAGUACAUCACUUUCAGCAUGCUGCUCUUCUGCAGUGUUUGGAUCACAAUGAUCCCGGCCUAUCUGAGCACCAAAGGCAAAUACAUGGUGGCAGUGGAAAUAUUUGCCAUCAUCUCUUCAUCCUGUGGCCUUCUCUUCUGUAUAUUCCUACCCAAAUGUUACAUU